ACACUCAGCUUCAGCCCUUCAACUUGAUGAAGUUUCACUCUGAACUUUACAUUCAGCGCGGAUCAGUCGUCCGUUCAGCAGCAUGGCACCGUUGAGCAAGUGGUGGAUUUUGUGUGCCUUCUCCCUCUCCUGCGUCGCCCGUUUCGGGUCUUGCAGAAGAGACAGACAAGGUGGAGCACCACCUGAGCUCUUCAUCUUCAAUGAGUUGUGCGCCUUUAAGGACGAGCCGGGGCCUUGCAAAGCCAUUAAGGAGAGAUUCUUCUUCAACGUGGACUCGGGACACUGCGAACUGUUUGAGUAUGGAGGCUGUGGGGGGAACGCAAACAAUUUUCUGACCCUGGAAGCAUGUGAGGAAACGUGUGUUGUCUCAGACGACAAGAACCCGUGCCAUUUGCAAGAGGCUCCUGGUCCCUGUCGGGGGCUCGUCACACGCUACUUCUUUGACAGCAAGAGUCAGCAGUGCAAGCAGUUCUUCUACGGCGGCUGCUUUGGCAACGCCAACAAUUUCAGGAGCAUGGCGGAGUGCCAGGCGAAAUGUCAGAGCCCAGCAAAACCCACUGUGGCCCCAGAAAUCCAUACACAAUCUGCUGGAAGAGUUGAUGCCCUCCAGCCAAUCAUAAUAACUGAGGAACUGGCUGUACUCCAACCUCAAGUGCAACUGAAUGACACUAUUCAAGAGACGGAAGAGUCAAAGCCUAAAGGGGUGUGCUUCAGUCCCGUGGACACGGGGACAUGUGACGGUGCAGAGAAGAGGUUCGCGUACAACCCCAAGACCAAGAGGUGCCAGGUGUUUCACUACAGCGGAUGCGGAGGAAACGAGAAUAACUUCACGUUCCGGAAGCACUGCAUCAAAAAGUGCAUCAGGGGCAGAAAGGACGGGAAGAUGAUGAUCAGAAUAAGGAGGAAAAACAUAGGCAACAUUGUCCAUCUCACAGUCUGAACACCGGGCGCUGCUUCAUAUCCUGCACUACUGUGGCGUCACGUGUAUUUAUGUCCAUAUUUUAUUUCUGGCUUUACUCGUGCUGCUGUUUCGCAGUGCAAACAGCACUUGCGUAAGACUAACCUCUAGUGCACAUGAAUUUACUUUGAAUCAUUGUGUGCACUGUUUUAAUAUAUCAUUGACAAAAGAUGGAUGUUUUGCUCAUGUCUAAUAUAGCAGCUCUCUUAACUCACGUCACUGUUUUGCAUAUCAGCGCUUUUGUUUACAAAUAUCAUAUGUCUCUUAAAUUUGACAGUUUCAGAGCUCUGUUAAUCAGCGUACUGAUUUAAACAUGUGACUGUCAAGACAUACAAAAUGAAUGUCUCUGCUGCACACUGACUGUGCAUAUACAAUAACUGAUUCCUUUCUACGGUUGAUUUUGGUGAAGCCUCGCUAUUGUUUAUCAAUGCGAAUAAAAACAUUAGCAGAUUAAAGUGGUGUACGACACUUGUUCCGGGAUCAAUGACAACAGCACCGAAUGCUCUCAAGCAAACCCAUUAAUCGAGUGGACCGUGUCCUCGCGGCUGUAAAUCCAUGUGAACAAGGUAAUGACGGCUUAAUUCUUCAGCCUAUUAAACUGGAACUGUUUUUUUUAUGGUGUUUUUUACCCUCCUGUUAAAUCGAUUUUAUGCAACUUUAUAAAUCACUUUUGCUAUAUUGCUGGUGUUGUUGUUUUGUUUGUUAAGAGGAAACAGCAGGGGGCAGUGUUGUGUAGAGUAAGUUUUCAGCACUGGUUCGAACAAUAUUUACUUUACUGUCUUUGUUUUAUUGCUGUAAAGAGAUGGACUGUCAGAUUUUAUUAAAAUAAACUUCCAGUAUAUCCUG